UCCAACAUCAAUGGAGCCUCAGGUGAUUGUAGUGACCUCAUAAUUCCCGGUGCUCUCAAGUCCUCAGUUACCCUCGUUGUUGUUCUGAGCGCAUUGGUGGCUCUCUGUGGUUCUUUCGGCUUUGGUUGUGCAGUUGGGUAUUCAUCCCCUGCUGAAUCAGGAAUAAUGGAAGACUUGGGCCUUUCUAUUGCAGCAUACUCCCUUUUUGGUUCAAUUCUCACAAUUGGAGCAAUAAUUGGUGCACUAGUAAAUGGGAAGCUUACAGACCUCAUUGGUCGUAGAGGUGCAAUGUGGUUCUCCCAAGUGUUCAGUGCAGCCGGGUGGUUCACUAUGGCAUUUGCACAGAGUGCUUUGUUGCUGGAUUUUGGACGGUUGUCACUGGGAUUUGGCAUGGCGAUAAUCUGUUAUGUGGUUCCUGUAUACAUAGCAGAAAUAACCCCCAAGGAUCUGAGAGGAAGGUUUACUUCAGCUCAUCAGUUGCUGAUGAGUUGUGGCUUAGCACUGGCAUUCUUCCUUGGAACUGCCAUAACCUGGCGAACCUUAGCUGUGAUCAGUGCUAUUCCAUCUCUUGUACACAUUAUAGGUCUAAUUUUCAUUCCAGAGUCUCCAAGGUGGCUGGCCAAAAUUGGUAGGCACAAGGACCUUGAAGCAGCUCUUCAGCGUUUGAGAGGAAAGAGUGCUGACAUAUCUCAUGAAGCGGCUGAAAUCAUGGAUUUUACAGAAACUUUUGAGCAGCAGUCAGGAAGAUUCUUAGACUUGUUCCAAAAGAGAUAUGCUCACUCAUUAAUUGUUGGGGUCGGGCUUCUGUCGCUGCAACACUUUGGUGGUGCCAACGCAGUAUCUAGUUAUGCAAGUUCUAUAUUUGUAGAUGCAGGUUUUUCAAGUAGUAUUGGGACUAUAUCAAUGUCUCUUAUUGGGAUUGUUGGUGUUUCCUUGAGUGUAGUCUUAACAGACAAAGUUGGAAGACGACCACUUCUAAUGGUUUCGGCUGGUGGAUUGUGCUUGAGUUGCUUUCUUGUAGGACUGGCAUUCUGCUUUCAGGACCUCAAUCUGUGGAAGAAGGCCACUCCCAUUUUGGUUUUCAUCGGAUUGUUGGGUCAAAGUGUAUCAUACACAAUAGGCGUAGCAGGAUUACCCUGGGUCAUUAUGUCAGAGAUAUUCCCCAUAAGCGUUAAAGGUUCAGCUGGAAGUCUGUUGAGUUUGGUAAGUUGGUCCUCUGGUUGGAUAGUGACAUACACCUUCAAUUUCAUGAUGGAAUGGAGCACAGCAAGUACAUUUUUCUUCUACUCAGCCAUUUGCGGUCUAAAUGUUCUGUUCGUAGCAAUGCUAGUACCGGAAACUAAAGGGCGAACACUGGAAGAAAUACAAGCAUCAAUUGCCCAUUUCAUCUAG